UUUCCUUGUACGGAUGAGACAUGAAGAAGCCAAGAAAUGGGCAUUCCAUUGUGUACGUGACAUGUCGAAACGACUGCAAUAAUGGCGGGAACGAGGCUGCUAAAACAAACAGAGAUGCCAUCAAGAACAACAACAGUUUCAUUAAUGCAAAGAGUGUCUACGAACUCUCCUUGUCUGUUAUCAUCUCUCUUUGGUGCCUGCUCUUCUUGUUCUACUUUCGACUCGGUCACAGCCAUGAAAAUGGAGGAAACUCACAUCCUGAGAACCAAACCGCAUGUUCUCCUAGUGUUGGCCAUGAAAAGCUUUGUGAUGAUGCAGAUAGAGAAGAUAAUUGUACGAACCGAAUGCUGUUAGAGAUGAAUAAGACAGUGAAUUUUAAUAACUCCACUGUUUAUAAGAAGUUUGUCAAGUAUGAGUACUCCUUCUGCAAAACAAGUAGACUUGAUGAGGUGAUUCUGAAAGUUUUGGGUUACACUGCUCUUAGUUGCGACAUAGUCGAACAAGAGGAGAACAAUAUAGGGCAGCAAAUGGAACUACCUAAUCUGAAAAUCCCUUCAACUUAUGUCAAAUUAGAUGAAUUCCGGAAUAUAACAAUGCGAGCAAAAGAGGGAGAUCCUCCAGGUACAUUUAAGAUCACUCAUCGUCUUGAAUCUGAUGGUUCAGAGUACAAUUAUGCCUCUAACCUGAAAGGUGCAAAAGUGGUUGCACAUAACAAAGAAGCAAAAGGAGCAAACAACAUUUUGGGACAAGAUCAUGAUCAGUAUUUAAGAAAUCCUUGUACUGUGGAAGGAAAGUUUGUUGUGAUUGAACUGGCUGAAGAGACGUUGGUUGAUGCUGUCAAAAUUGCUAAUUUUGAACACCAUUCAUCAAACUUCAAGGAAUUCGAGUUGUAUGGUAGUUUGAAUUAUCCAACUGACACAUGGACCCAAUUAGGAAAGUUUGUUGCUUCAAAUAUAAAGCAAAUUCAAACCUUUACACUUUCUGAACCGAAAUGGCUGCGGUAUUUGAAGUUGAAUCUACUCAGUCAUUAUGGUUCAGAGUUUUACUGCACUUUAAGUGUUGUCGAGGUAUAUGGUGUUGAUGCAAUUGAGAGGAUGCUCGAAGAUAUGUUUGAUCCAUCCGAACAGCAUGCCAUGAAAUCAACAGACUCUAAUUCAACAGGGCCUUGUGUAAAAGCAGAUGUGAGUUCCCAUGAUGGUAAAAGAAAUGACGAGGCUCAAACUACUGCUUUGGGAACAGAAAUUGCUGAGGAUGUUCAAAAUCUCAGUGAAACUGCAUUGAGGAGUCCGGUGUCUACUCAAAGGAUUCCUGAUCCUUUAACUGAAAUUAAACAGCUGCAUGUUGGAAGAAUACCUAGUGACACUGUCUUGAAGAUUUUGAUGCAGAAAGUAAGGUCUCUUGAUUUGAACUUAUCUGUUUUGGAAGAUUACAUCAAAGAAUUGAACCGAAGGGAAGCUGAUGUUAUACCAGAGAUCAAUUCAGAGUUAUCAAGAAUUUCUCUACUUUUGGAGAAAAGCAAAACAGAAAUAAAAGAUCUUAUGCGUUGGAAAGAGGCAAUGGAAAGAGAAUUUGCAGACCUUGAAUCAUGGAAAGCUGUUGUCACUUCCAGUAUAGAUGCAUUGGUUAGAGAAAACAACAUCUUAAGAUUAGAUGUGGAGAAGGUCGUCUAUGAUCAAGCAAGUUUGAAAACUAAAGAACUUGCUGUAUUAGUCGUAAGUAUUUCCUUUGUUUGCGUUGCCGUCCUCAAGUUAGUUUCAAACCGAGUCACGAUGCUUUUGGGAGCCACCAAUCGGUCCGAUAAGGUUUACCGGACGAGCCAAGGUUGGGGUUUGAUACUUGUUAGCAGCAGUUUGACAAUAUUCAUAACAUUGCUCUCCGGGUAAUUUUGUGUUAGCUGUAGGGAUACAUGUCGUUUGUUAGCUUUUAGCUUAAAAACCUCAAUAUUAGCGAGUGUAGGUUUCUA